AUGAACCCUCCUAGCAAAACAAAUCUCUCAACCGGCGCUGCAGAAUUAUCGUCAGUGAUUCUUCAACAACAAGAUCUGCACCAACAACGUCAGAGCAUUCAGGAGCAAAGGAUGUCAUUACAAACCAUCAACUUCUUUGCCAGUUUGCAAAAGACUUGUAUGGCGAAACAACAAAGAUCAGAUAUGGACGGAAUGCCAAACAAGAAUCGUGUCAACGCACUAGCCGGAAACGUUUUGGGAAACUCGACUGUUAACAAGGCGUUGAUGCAACACAAUGGUCCUAGAUCAGCGGAUGUCAUCGGAAUGGCACAUGGUGAAGAAAUGCCCACGAAACAACACAAUACUCAUCGGAUUUCGGGAUCGCCUGCUGUCACACCUCCGCUCAGAUUCAGGGACAAUCAUAAUGCUACUGCGUUUCAAUUCUACCCAGCCAACGUUGCUAGUUUGAUGGUUCAAGCUGGCAGAACCAGCAUGCGGAACUUUCCUACUGGAAGCUGGUCAUAUAUGCAGCCGCAGCAAUCUCGUCACGAAAGCUUGAGCGAUGUGGAGUAUAAGCACAGUCAAUCGUCACUUCAGUCAUCACCUCCGAUCGAUCACGUCUCCAGCAUUGACGUUUCACGGCAGAAAUCGGUAGGCAAAGAGGGUGAUCAGCAACGAAACAAGGAAAAUAUUGGCUUGGAGAAGCGUUAUCGAAGUGAGCCCGAAUUGAAGGUCGACCGUUUUAUGACAAGGUGCUAUGAGCAGGCUUCACCAUCAUCUACAUUGUUCGAUGACAAAGGACAUUUCAAGGUUUCGCAAAUGGAUGUGCUUAGCGAGAAAAUUUGGUCCUUUCACAAUUCGAUGACACAGACGGAUACGACACUGAGCCGCAAGCUUUAUCUGCGAGAUUUGUUAUACUACGUGAUAUGCCCGAUCUUUCCAAUGUGUGGUCUUUACGUGGUGGGUUCAUCACUGAAUGGCUUUGGCAACAACACCUCCGACAUGGAUGUUUGCCUGAUGAUUACAAAUCACGAUCUUGAUCAAAAGAAAGAUGCGAUCGUGGUUUUGAAUUUGGUCUUUACAUCACUCAACAAAGUCGAAUGGAUUGCCGAACAACAGCUAAUCUUUGCCAAGGUGCCAAUUCUUCGAAUCAAGUUUCAAGCACCUUACUCCGAUAUCAUUGUCGACUUGAACGUGAACAAUUCUGUGGCCAUCAGAAACACGCAUCUUCUUUCUUACUAUUCGAACUUUGAUUGGCGCAUUCGUCCACUCGUAACCAUCGUGAAAGAAUGGGCAAAAAGAAAAGGAAUCAAUGAUGCAAAUCAAUCUUCAUUUACCUCUUACUCGCUAGUUUUGAUGGUUAUUCAUUAUCUGCAAUGCGGUGUCGAGCCACGGUUGCUUCCAUCUUUGCAAAGGGCCUUUCCGAAGAGAUUCAAUGGAAACAAUGACGUCCGCUCUUUGAAUGUGACUAUGAUGCUGCCACCGAUCGAGAAUUGGGACUACAACGAUAAAAUUACCCUCGGCGAGCUGCUAAUCGGUUUCUUGGAUUAUUACGCGAAUCAAUUUGAUUACGAUACUGAUGCUAUAUCAAUUCACGAUGGCGUCAAAAUCGAUCGACGUGCUAUUGUUUCACAACAGCUGCCUAGACAUGGGUCAAGUCAAGCGGCAAUUGGGUCAGGAAGUUGGCGAUCACAAUGGCGAUGUAUUUGCAUUGAGGAACCUUUCACAAACUUAAACACAGCUCACUCGAUCUACGAUGAGAUGGUGUUUAAUGAGAUCAAACAAGCGUUCCGAGAAAGUCAUGACGAGUUGAAUGUAAGUCGGGAUCUCACCAAAUGGCUCGCUCAAUGUAAACCAAUCACUGCAUGCCCACCAAAAGCUGGAGGAGUGAUUUUUUGCGCGCCAUAUGAGGGCAGCUCUGAUCAUGUUAUGGCCGUUACCGCUUCUCAAAAGGCGUCCAAUUCGACUCAAAAUGCUGCAGCCAGUGGUCGAAGCAGCACAACAAGUGGAUCAAGCUUGAUGGAAAAUGACAGUGAAAGGCAGCCAUCGCCGGUCAGCCAGCUUUUCGAGAAGGCUCAUACAACGCGCUGGAACAAUGCCAAUUCUCCACCGUCUUCCAAGUCGAAUAUGAAUGGAAACAACCAAGCAGGACAAAAGCGAAACAGUUAUCAGCAAUCUGGAACUUACCGCAGCUACCGUCCAAACAAUAAUCAAGGACCGAGGAAGAGCUACAACAAUAGGAGCUAUCACAACCAACAGCGGAACGGUGCACCCACCCCUAAUGGUCCAAAUUGU